AUGAAGCUGUCUGUUAUUGCCCUUUUGGCUCUGAGCUCAUGUGCUGUCUCCGCUCCUGUUGCCGAGCCUGGCAAGGAAGUCUACUGCCAUGACUACAAGCCCGUCAAGGGCUGGGGAGAAUAUGGCGGGCCAGGAAAGCCCAAGCCAUAUGAUCCCGGCUGUGUUGUAAAGAAGCCGAAGACUCGUAAGCCCUGGGAGAAUUAUCCCCGCCAGCCUGAGAAGCCGCACUACCCUCCCAGUCCUCACAAACCGGAGCCUUAUUAUCCUGCCCCCAAACCUAAGCCAGAGCCCCACUACCCGCCAAAGCCUCACUAUCCUCCUCCCAAGCUUCACAAGCCUGAUCACCCUGGAAAGCCUGACUAUCCCAAGCCAGGAAAACCAGAUCAUCCAAGCAAGCCCCACAAGCCUUGGGAGAACAACCCGGACCAGCCUGGGAAGCCUCAUUAUCCGCCUCCUGAGCAUCCUAAGCCGGAACCCCACUAUCCUCCGCCUAAGCCGCACAAGCCUGAGCCUCAUCACCCACCCAAACCUCAUAAACCUGAUUACCCAGGCAAGCCUAACCAUCCCGGCAAGCCUGACUACCCAGGUGGUAAGCCAGACCAUCAGGGCAAGCUUGAUCGUCCAGGAAAGCCUGACUAUCCUGAGCCUGGCAAACCUGAUCACCCGGGUAAGCCAGACGGCCCAGGCAAACCAAAUGGUUCAGACAAGCAUAACGGUCCUGGCAAGCCUGAUAGUCCCGGCAAACCAGAAUAUCCUGAACCAGGCAAGCCAGAUGGCCCAGGUAAACCAUCUGGACUAGGCAAGCCUGAGAAGCCUUCCACCUAG